UCAAAAUGUUCUUGACAAAAUAUUCAGAAUGUUCCUAAGAGGUGAUAAUUUUAAUUUUUUUGCAUUUAAAAAUUGACAACGUGAAAAUCUUUGAUUUUGCAGGAUCUGAGCAAAUUGGAGAUUGAUUGUCAUGCAGGAAAAGACUACUGGCACUUUCAAUUGUAUCCAAUAGAUAGCUAAACUUUAGUCCAAAGCAACUGUACGAGAGUGGUUUCAUCGCAGUUUUGCUUCAAAUACUGCCAUAGCAUGACCAUUGUGGUAAUCACAACUGUGCUAACAAGGUGGCACUGUUGCUUAGCUACACUUGAUGAGCCCUUGGAAGGCUGGACUCCAUGAGACAGUCUCUUAUGCAGCGAGGCAAGCGGUCAAGCUGGAUGCAAUAUAUUGGCUUCUUGGUGCUGCUGCUAAUGUCACAACCCUGCCCGUAGCCCGCACUGCCUCCACCCAUGUAUUUUUGUCGCCGCGGCCCCGCUCUCCCUCCCCCUUAAAUGGUGUGGGCAGGAGUGGUACGGAAGACUGCAUUGGGAAGCUUCGCGUGGAAAUGGUCUUUGCUGUUGAUAUUGCUCUAGCACCAUUCUGGUGACAACAACAUGCCGUUGAAAUGGAAAAGCGGUUCUCCUGUCAGCUGGAAAUUCCCAGUGCCAGUCCUUAAGACAUCCCGGUCCUCACCGCUUUCACCUGCCUACAUAUCCCUUGUGGAGGACGACGACACUCACAUGAAAGUGGCUCUGGGCUACGGUGAUAUGGGCAUCUGUGCUCACCUUCAGGCAUCAAAGACUGGAAACACGCGUUUUUUCACAAGCAACACACACAGCUCAGUGGUUCUUCAGGGAUUUGACCAGUUGAGGAUAGAGGGACUGCUAUGUGAUGUCACUCUAGUGGCCGGUGAUGGCGAUGAAGCCUUCCCUGUACAUCGAGCAAUGAUGGCUUCAUCCUCUGACUAUUUCAAAGCUAUGUUCACAGGUGGAAUGAAAGAACAGGAUUUAAUGUGCAUCAAGCUCCACGGAGUUAACCGAAUAGGCCUGAAGAAGAUCAUUGACUUCAUCUACACAGCCAAGUUGUCACUUAACAUGGAGAAUCUGCAAGACACACUUGAGGCAGCCAGCUUCCUACAAAUCCUUCCAGUGUUGGAUUUCUGCAAGGUCUUUCUUAUAUCUGGGGUUUCCCUAGACAACUGUGUCGAGGUGGGCCGCAUUGCCAACACAUAUAACCUCACAGAAGUGGACAAAUAUGUCAACAAUUUCAUACUGAAAAACUUCCCCUCACUUUUGGGCACUGGCGAGUUUGUCAAGCUGCCAUUUGAGCGCUUGGCAUUCGUGCUGUCCAGCAACAGCUUGAAACACUGCACUGAAUUGGACCUCUUCAAGGCCGCUUGCCGCUGGCUACGCUACGAAGAUAGUCGCAUGGACUACGCCUCGAAGCUCAUGAAGAACAUCCGCUUUCCCCUGAUGAACCCGCAGGAGCUCAUUAAUCACGUACAGACAGUGGACUUCAUGCGCACAGACAACACAUGCGUCAACCUUCUCCUGGAAGCUAGCAACUACCAAAUGAUGCCCUAUAUGCAACCCGUCAUGCAGUCAGAACGGACAGCCAUCCGCUCGGACAGUGCCCACCUGGUCACGCUGGGUGGCGUCCUGCGGCAGCAGCUCGUGGUGAGCAAGGAACUGCGCCUGUUUGACGAGAAGGCACAUGAAUGGAAAGCGCUGGCACCUAUGGACGCACCUCGCUACCAGCACGGCAUCGCAGUCAUUGGCAACUUUCUCUAUGUUGUGGGGGGCCAAAGCAACUAUGACACCAAAGGCAAGACAGCAGUGGACACUGUGUUCCGCUACGACCCUCGCUACAACAAGUGGAUGCAGGUGGCAUGCCUUAAUGAGAAGCGUACCUUCUUCCACCUCAGUGCACUCAAGGGACACCUCUAUGCUGUUGGUGGAAGGAAUGCGGCUGGAGAGCUCGCUACUGUGGAGUGUUAUAACCCAAGGACGAAUGAAUGGACGUACGUUGCCAAAAUGAAUGAGCCACACUAUGGACAUGCUGGGACGGUGUAUGGCGGCUAUAUGUAUAUUUCAGGGGGCAUCACUCACGACACCUUUCAGAAGGAGCUGAUGUGCUUUGACCCAGAUACAGACAAAUGGACACAGAAGGCGCCCAUGACCACAGUGCGCGGCCUCCACUGCAUGUGCACGGUCGGCGACCGCCUCUACGUGAUUGGCGGGAACCACUUCCGGGGCACGAGCGACUACGACGAUGUGCUCAGCUGCGAGUACUACUCCCCGGCCCUUGACUUAUGGACUCCUAUCGCCGCCAUGUUGCGAGGCCAGAGCGACGUGGGCGUGGCCGUGUUUGAGAACAAGAUCUACGUGGUGGGCGGAUACUCAUGGAACAAUCGCUGCAUGGUGGAAAUAGUUCAGAAGUAUGACCCCGAGAAAGACGAGUGGCACAAAGUGUUUGAUUUGCCCGAGUCGCUUGGUGGGAUUCGAGCCUGCACACUUACAGUGUUCCCCCCUGAAGAUAUCUCAGGCUCGCCGUCCAGAGAGUCGCCUCUUUCAGCACCUUGAUGAGUGAUGGGGGGAGCCCUAUUUUGGUCACACCCCCGUAACCCCAUAACUCCCCAACAAACACAUAUAGACAUUGUUUGCACUUCCUCUUCAGACUAAGUCUGUACUGCGUCCCUCUGUCCUACAUUUGUGGAGAAGCCCCUCAAGGUCCUCGAGUGGUGAAAACGACAUACCGUUACAGUAAUGGCAACCGAUUUCCACCUUGAUGUUGCACACUAAGUUUAUAUUGUGUUAGGAAGUACCUUGACUUGAAAGGGACUUUGCAAAUCAACUUUUCUACCUGAUUUUGCUGCAGAGGGUUACCAGGACAAGCUCAGGCCUCAGAUCAGGCCCGUCUAAAACAGCUCUCCUUCGGUUUUACUUCUUUCCUGCGAUUGCUACGAAACUGUUAACAAAGUUGUGUUUUCUAAAUUUAAUAAACAUGGUUUUCAAAGUAA